GGGUGAUGCAACGAGCCGGCGAGAACUGUAACUUUACCAGCUGAGCGCGAGAUCGCACUGCAGCCAGAGUAGAGCAUCACAACACGCGCGGAUGAUUCAGUCAAAACAAGAUUUCGGAAUGAUGCUUCAGCAUCCCGGUUUGGGUCCCUUGGAUAUCAGCGCGUCGGCUUUGGUACCCUGCCUCUCCCCACCGGGCUCGCUCACGCUGGACGACUUCACCAACUUCACUCCGUUAGUCAAAGAGGAGCUGCGCUACGCCAUCCAGAACAAGCGGCUGUCCAACGGCAUGAGCGCACUGACCUCAGAUAGGUGUCAGAACACAGACAGACCCACCGAACUGCCUGUCAUGAAGCGGGAGAUCAACCCAGUGGAGAGUGAAAGGAAAAAGAGGAGAAGGGAACGAAAUAAAGUAGCAGCAGCUAAAUGUCGAAACAAGAAAAAGGAGAAAACUGACACGUUACAAAAGGAGUCUGAGACACUGGAGUCCAUCAAUGCCGAGCUGAAGGCCCAGAUCGAGGAGCUAAAGAACCAAAAGCAGCAGCUAGUCUACAUGCUGAACCUACACCGGCCCACCUGUAUCGUCCGCGCCCAGAACGGCCAGACCCCCGAGGACGAGAGGAAACUCUUCAUCCAGCAGAUCAAGGAGACCACCCUGCAAGGUCUUAAUCUUACCACAAAUGGACCAAUGCACACCACAGUACCAACAAGUUGUGGCCAUCUCUGAUUCGGGCAAGAACCUAAAGGGUUUGGUGGUUGCCAAUGUACAUUGCAAGGUUCGCCCAGGAAGGACUAAACUGUGGGUGCCUACCUUGCCAGUCAAGGUCGGUCUGAUGUACACUGAAACGGACUGUUGAAGCACUAAAUUGAUGAAGGACGUGUGAUGCGUGAUCACUUAUUCUUAUUAUCGUAUGCUUAACAUGCUCUUUGUAGCUAUAUGUCAUGAUGCUUAAGCAACAUGAUGUCAUUUAUUGAUCAUCUGGUUGGUUGAAAGAAACCCCGGUGGUGUGUUUGACAACAAGUACAAUGUGAGGGAAGGCUUGCUAUAGGAAAAAACAGGGUGAUGUUAUUUCAUUUAGUAACAUAUGUGUCUGUGGCCUCUUGUUAAAUAUAACCACACAAAAUGCCACGUAAAGUAUUUCAAGCUGCUAAUCUCUCAGGAUACGGUCUGUAUAUUACAGGAAACAUUACACUCAUACUAAAUAAAUAAACGAAAUAACCGAGAAGUCACCGCGAAAUGGACUUUGAGACAGCGGGGUGUCAGGCAACCUACACUGUAAACGUUUUUGCUGUAGUUAUGCAGCUAGUUGCCUGUAACUUACCGUAGAUUUAUAUUUAUGUCAUUUAUUGGCAACAGUUUGUUCAAAGAUAAAUGAAUAUUAGACAUUAACAAGUCUUUAUCGUUACAAAAAAAAGAUAAAAUAACAGCCUCGUGCAAAGCAUUCUGGGAACCAGAAAUCCACAUUUUUUCAAAGAAUGCUUUGCAUGAGGCUGAUAUUUUAUCGUUUUUUCUGUAGGGAUAAAGACUUGUUAAUGUUUAAUGAUCAUUUAUCUUUGAACAAACUGUUGCCAGUAAAUUACAUAAAUGUAAAUCUACAGUAAAUUACUGGCAAACUGCUGCCAGUAAUACUGUAAUUUCUACAGAAUUUUUUAUAAGUUUCUCGUAUCAGAGACUGAACCUUCACCACUAUAUGCCUGUCUGUGUUAUCACCUCAACUGUCUGAACAUGUUGUUGUUACAAUGCUGUGAGCAGGAGGGUCUGCGUUCACCAGCCCACUGCACCAAGAGUAUAUCGUGUUUUGUUCGUUUAAUAAGGGACAUGUACUUAUUUUUCGAUGUUGCAUUUUUCAUAUAUUGUAGCUGUGUGUUGUUCUUGUCUAGAUGCACAAACCUUAUUCUAAAAGAAAAACACUUGAAGUAAAGCUCUUAUUAAUUGCCUGGCUACGAUCAUGUGUCAAUGGAUUGCUGGUGUUUGUUUUGAAGGAACGCAUACCACGAGACAUCUGAUCAAGCCAUGUGACCAGCUCACCACAUUGAACUUGAGAAAGGUGUCCAAAAAAAACAUGGGAAAAUUUGAAGUUCUGUCAGUCCAUUUCAAAAAAACUGAUUCAGGACUAUAUUACAUUUUCAGUUGGAUGUACUGAAAGGUUAAAUGGCGCGGGCGUCAGGCGGCUUUUCUUUUGCUUUGUAAUGGUUCAGGAAUGCCAAAUCACGCAUACUAUUGACAUUAAAUGUGUAAUGGAAACAAAGCUAUGCGUAAUAUUUCUGGUUAAACCAAGUUUUAUUCAUCGUACGUUCCAUCCACGUAAAAGGAAGGAUGUGCAAUUGUUAUACCAAAACUGUAUGAAUGAAAUGAUACUGUUCAUUUACACCUUCUGUAUGGUUUUGUUUGACUGUCUGUUGUUGUGUUUUUGAUACUUUAUUAAUAAAAACGUAUACCAACGCA